AAGUCGGGGCAUCCCAGAAAGGUGCCAGUAGCCAGGAUGUCUAUGCUGAGCAUCCAGCCCCUGAAACCUGAGGUCUUACACCUACCACCUGGGACCUCGGAGUCUCCAGGCUGCCAGAGGCGCCACACGCUCCCUGCCAGUGAAUUCCGCUGCCUCACCCCCAAGGAUGCUGUCAGUGUGUUCGAGAUCGAACGUGAAGCCUUUAUCUCUGUCUCGGGCGUCUGCCCUCUCGACUUGGAUGACAUCCAACACUUCCUGACUCUGUGUCCUGAGCUGUCCCUAGGCUGGUUUGAGGAGGGUCGCCUGGUGGCCUUCAUCAUCGGCUCACUUUGGGAUGAGGAGAGACUCACUCAGGAGUCCCUGACGCUGCACAGGCCUGAAGGCCACACAGCCCACUUGCACGUGCUGGCGGUGCAUCGCACCUUCCGGCAGCAGGGCAAGGGCUCCAUCUUGCUGUGGCGCUACCUGUACCACCUGGGCAGCCUCCCCGCGGUGCGCCGGGCUGUGCUCAUGUGUGAGGACGUGCUGGUGUCGUUCUACGAGAAGUGUGGCUUCCAGGCCGUGGGCCCGUGCGCGGUCACCGUGGGCUCCCUCACCUUCACGGAGCUCCAGUGCUCGCUGCGGGGCCACGCCUUCCUGCGCAGGAACAGCGGCUGCUGA